AUGAAAUUUGUUGAGGCGGUUGGACGUCCAAUAUCUGUUUGUUAUAAAUCCCGUUUGAAUAAGAAAACUGGCAAAAUAUGUCAAUAUCCUAUUCCUAAUACAUACCAGUAUAUACCAAUUCAUCAGACAAUUAGAUUUGUUUAUAGCCAUAUGUAUGACAUCUUAAAAAAACAACAAAGGAACACAAAUAAUUUAAUAAGUGACUUUAGCGAUGCUUCUCGUUUCAAAGAAUGUCAACUGUUUAUAGAAAAUUCGGAUGCCUUACAGUUAAAUUUAUAUUUCGACGAUUUUGAAACAGUUAAUCCGUUAGGCUCGAAAACAAAAAUUCACAAACUAAGUGCAGUCUAUAUGAUGAUACGGAACUUGCCAUCCUAUUUAAACUCCCGCCUCAUGCAUAUUUAUCUGGUAUGUCUUUUUUAUACAGAAGAUACAAAAACUACGCGUGGAUAUGAACCAGUUUUUGAAAAAAUGAUUAAGGAUAUUAAUACAUUAGAAAUAAAGGGUAUUGAAAUUGUGCUCGGUAAAGCAUGUCAGACAGUUAAGGGCACUGUUGUUUUGUUUUCGGCUGAAAAUUUAGGUGCUCAUAGAAUUUUAGCUUUCCAAGAGGGUUUUACUUUUGGUUGUAUAUGUCGAUUGUGUUACGCAACUGUUGAAAGCAUUCAAGAUCACCACCGAGCCAGAGAUUUUGAACCAAGAACUGCUGAACAGCAUGAAAAAGACGUGCAAGACUGCAACACAAGAAAUACUGGUGUAAAGCGACAAUCACCCUUUAAUGAUUUGCAUUACUUUAAAGUUACUGACAACUAUUGUGUGGAUGCUAUGCACGAUAUAUUUGAAGGCGUUUUUCCUAAUGUGUUAAAAUCAGUUUUAUACCAGCUUAUUAUUGUCGAUAAAAUAUUUACAUGUAAUCAGCUCAAUUCUCGACUGAAAGCAUUUCGUUAUGCCACACAUGAAAAGAGAGAUAAGUCGUCUUGUAUAACUUUAGAAAAAUUGAAGUCAGGUGAUAAUCUUCUGGGUCAGCGUGCUGCUCUGUGUUUAAGUAGACUUAUUGGUUUAAUACUUGGAGAUCUUAUAGACUGUGAAAAUACUUAUUGA